AUGGAAACGCUUCGAAUAUCAGAAGUGCCGGCGACAUGUCAAGGUGAGACCUGCGCGCCCGCCGACACCGGCCGCAGUAUCAUCGUCGCUAACGAUCAACUCUCCAGACCUAGACGUCGCGGUCAUAAGGAUGGCGGCCAUGGCGGCCAAGCCACCACGAUCAGCAGUGUCGUUAACCUGCUAAACACAAUUGUUGGAGCUGGCACUCUUGCCAUGCCCUCUGUUAUGUCCCAUAUGGGAAUUAUGCUCGGCGUAGUGCUGAUUCUGUGGUCUGGGUUGACUGCAGCUUUUGGCCUCUAUCUCCAAUCUCGAUGCGCUCGAUAUCUCGACCGAGGAACGUCGUCCUUCUUUGCCCUGUCGCAAAUCACCUACCCCAACGCCGCCGUCAUAUUCGAUGCCGCAAUCGCAAUCAAGUGUUUCGGAGUUGGCGUGUCUUACAUGAUUAUCAUUGGAGACUUGAUGCCUGGAGUGGUAUUGGGUUUUCUUAACAAUGCCAAUAGUGCUCCGUAUUUGGUUGACCGAAACUUUUGGAUCACCGCGUUUAUGCUCCUAAUCAUCCCUCUCAGCUUUUUGCGCAGGCUGGAUUCUUUAAAGUAUACCAGUAUUGUUGCGCUGGUCUCCAUUGGAUAUCUUAUUGUCCUGGUAAUUUAUCAUUUUGCAUCUGAUAAGCAUGCCGACCCGGGGAGUAUUCGGGUGAUUCAAUGGGGUGGAGCUAUCGAGACUUUGAGCGCUCUACCUGUUGUCGUCUUUGCCUAUACCUGCCACCAGAACAUGUUCUCUAUCCUCAACGAACUCAAGGACAAUUCCCCCUCCAGCAUUAUUGGAGUUGUAGGAUCGAGCAUUGGCUCAGCUGCCUCUAUUUAUGUCGUUGUGGCUAUUACCGGCUACCUUACCUUUGGGAAUGCUGUCGUUGGCAACAUCGUUUCUAUGUAUCCUACUGGAGCCGCAUCGACAAUCGGAAAGGCGGCCAUUGUUGUACUUGUAACUUUCUCCGUUCCUCUACAGGUUCACCCUUGCCGCGCUUCACUAGAUGCCGUUUUGAAAUGGCGCCCAAACCGUGGUUCGUCAAACAACGGACGAACCGCGGCGCCACUAUUGCCCACACCUCCGGCUGGAGAUCACGGAAGCAUUGCACCGAUUUCCGAUCUACGAUUCGCAGUUAUUACUACAGUUAUUCUUACUUUUGCUUACAUGACUGCACUCUCAGUCACCAGCCUUGAUCGCGUGCUGGCCUUUGUUGGCAGCACUGGAUCAACAUCUAUCAGCUUCAUUCUUCCUGGUCUUUUCUACUAUAAGAUUAGUAACCCGGAUAGCAUUCACCAUCAACGACUAGCCAAGGAAGAUGAUGAUAUCGAUGAGGAUUCCGCCACUUCAGAUGUGGAAGACUCAGCUGCUCUAGCCCAGAGCACAGCUAGCGUCCGCAGCGGCGUGAGUGUCGCUAGCAACGCCAGCACCCGUAGCAACAGGAACUCCUGGCGAUGGCGACGCAAGUGGCGGUGGGAUCUUGAACACAUUGAGCCUCACCAUCUGCGAAGACUUGCGCUUGCGCUCGCCAUUUACGGAUCUGUGAUCAUGACUGUAUGUCUUGUUCUCAACAUUUUCUUUGCUGUCACUCAUUAA